UAAUAAAAAUAAAUAAAAAUGGUGUUUAUUUUGCUAAUAUUUCUAUUGACUUGUAUUCACAUUUAAUAGUGAACAGACCACUAAUGUAGCUGUGUUAGCAGGAGUUCCUGUGUUUGUUUAUACGGUCACACUAACAGAAAGUAGGUCAUGGAAAAACGAAACGCCUCCUUCCUCCGUGUGUUAACUAUCUAUCCCCGGCAUUAAAGGAGCUCCAUCCUCGGGGAUUACUCGCUGCUGAUGUGUCGCAGGAGGUCAGUUAAACAGCUGGACUGAUGUGGCUCCUUAAAUAUCUGGACUAAACAGAGAUCGCAUAACAAGGCUCUUGGACCUUUGGGACUGCUGCUAGCAUGUCGAGGCGAAGCAGGAACAGCCGUGCUUGGCGUUACGUGUGGGGUGGGCUACGAAGGGAUGCCGAAGCCCGGGCCCUGGCGUUAGCCACCGAAGCCGAACAGUGGCCCAACGACCGACUGGAGUACAGCACAGAUUCUGACUCGGAGAUCGACUUCUCAGCGGUGGUGGUUCCCCCGCUCCCCAGUGCCGUUCCCGUUACAGGAGAGUCGUAUUGCGGCUGCGACUCCAAGGGGAACAGCAGCUACAACCCUCGUAUACGAGGAUUUCUCCAAGUCAGAGACUGCCACUGUGGAGAGGAUGACCAAGAUUUCGACUGGGUUUGGGAUGCAAGCAGCCGUUCAACGGCAACGUUAUUGAGCUGCGACAAUCGCAAAGUGAGCUUCCACACCGACUCCAGCUGCGGCACGGCGGCCGUCCGGGGCUCCAGGGAGCUGGCGGACGGGCAACACUUCUGGGAAAUCAAGAUGACGUCUCCGGUUUAUGGAACGGACAUGAUGGUCGGAAUUGGAACCUGCGAUGUCAACUUGGACAAAUACAGGUACAGGUUCUGCAGUUUGUUGGGGAAAGAUGAAGACAGCUGGGGUCUUUCUUACACUGGCUUGCUGCAUCAUAAAGGAAACAAGUUGAAGUUCUCCUCCCAUUUUGGGCAAGGGUCCAUCAUUGGAGUCCACCUGGACACGUGGCAUGGCACCCUCACUUUCUUCAAGAAUAGAAAGUGUAUAGGUGUUGCAGCUACAAAUCUGCACAAUAAGAGGUUUUACCCCAUGGCCUGCUCCACCGCGGCCAAGAGCAGCAUGAAGGUCAUCAGGUCGUGCUCCGCGCCCACCUCUCUACUGUACCUUUGCUGCGCUCGCCUUCGCCGCCUGCUCCCGGAUGGCAUGGACAUGCUGGAGGUGUUGCCUCUGCCGCCGGGCCUGCGUCAGCUCCUCCACAACAAGCUGGGCUGGGUGCUCAGUCUGAACGGCGGGACCACGGAGGAGACCCCAGACGGCCCAGAGCAGUCCUCCCACUUACCUGCAACCCUGCCGGCUGAACCGUCGUUCUCAGAGAGCGACUCGGAGGGUUGCGCGUCUGACCCCGAAGCCUGCCAGCGGAAGAGAUGCCGCUGGACGUGAUUGGUGGCCUCAAAGUGCUCGCCGUGGUGAAUCGGGGCGGGGUUGAUGGAGUCGUUCAUCUUUACUGUGACGCCAUUCAUAUCGGUAUCCAAACACUUUAAGUCAUCCGUACAGAUAUUCCAUCAUACUAAAGUAUCUAUUCAUAUUGGGGAAGUAGUGAGGUGCUGGAAUGUGUAAUGUACAGUGCAACACUGACGUCAAGUACGGCCAAAUUCUGGUGGUCCUCAUGGGUUUUUGCAAAAGGAAAAAAAUGUCUCUUCUGUGUGGUGUUCUUAAGCUAAAUGUAAUUGGUGCGUUAGCUAAUCGCUCUGUUUUUAAUCCUGAUCAUUCUAUUCGCAGCGGAUUGUUAAUGCUGGAAGUAGAACAUGAGUGCACUCUGCCUCUUUUAAUCAACUAACACAAAUAUUUCUUUUUUUCAAAACGAACACGUUACUAGCUCUGCUAAAAGCUUAAAUUCCUUAUCCUGCCUGCAUUUAUACAUCCAUCUGUAGUGUUUAGCUCCUCUAACGUCUCAUUAUACGCACAUUAUUUAUACUUUAAAACUUUUUUUUAACGUAUCUUUCUAUGCCAAUGGAUUCAACAUGCAGCCUUUUGUACAGUUCUGUUUAUGCAAAGAUGUUUAUUUCCAUCUUAGAACGUAAGCAGCACCUUCCUGAGUCAUUACCAUUUUUACUCCACUAAUUUUAUCAGUUUAUUUCUGUACAGUUUAAAAUGUCUAAACCUGUUAUUUUUGGAGUUUGUAAAUAUAGUAAUAAAGUGUGAUCUCUCCUUCAGCUAAG